GACUGCUUUUCCACCGCAGCAGCAUCGUGAUGGAGGUGAACGACUCUUCAAAUGUUGCUCUGAGAGAGUUUGGCUGUGAACAGAGCUUAUUGUCUCGACCUGAUGGUUCAGCGUCCUUCAUCCAAGGAGACACAAGUGUGUUGGCUGGAGUGUACGGACCGGCCGAGGUCAAAGUUAGCAAGGAAAUCUACGACCGGGCAACACUGGAGGUGUUGAUCCAGCCCCGAGUGGGACUGCCAGGUGUGAGGGAGCGGUCGCAAGAGCAAUGUGUGCGAGAGACCUGUGAGGCGUCUCUGCUGCUGUCGCUUCACCCUCGCUCCUCCCUCACUCUCAUUCUUCAGGUGUUACACGACGAUGGUUCACUCUUGUCCUGCUUUUUGAAUGCUGCCUGUAUGGCUCUUAUGGAUGCGGGCCUGCCUAUGAGUUGCCUGUUCUGUGGAGUGACCUGUGCCAUCGACGCCGAUGGGCAAAUCAUCACAGACCCAACUGCAGCGCAGGAGAAGGAAAGUCGAGCUUUGAUGACCUUCGCUAUCGACAGUACAGAACAGAGAGUAAUGAUGUCAUCAACCAAAGGAUCAUUUUCAGUUCAUGAGCUGCAGCAGUGCAUCGCAGUCAGCCAGAGAGCAUCAGAGAAGAUCUUCCAGUUCUACAGAGACUCUGUCAGCCGGCGAUACUCUAAAACUCUCUGACGAAGAAGCGGCGCUCUUUUUUUCUACUUAAUAUUUUUUAAAAAACAAUGUUUAUAAAGUACUGAUGGAAUAAAAUAUUUAGCAACCAC